CGUCAGGGUGUCGUGUCGUCUGGUCCAGGGCGGGACGAUAAAAAUGAGGCCGGACAGGCUCUGGGGCCUCUGCGGGCGCGGGCGUGCUCGCCAAUGACAGGCUGACCGCAGCGGCUAUCGUUUGUCUCUCAUGCAAUGCAGUCCUCUGACCUUGCCCGCGUCUCCUCGAAGCUACUCUGAUGGUGCUACUGCGCUUCUUCGCGCGUCCGUCACGUAAUUGCCUCCGGACCUAUGCAGUCGCCAGUCCCAGCACAAUUUUCCUAUCAACCUUCACCCGACACUUCCACUCCACCCCGCCAUUCUUCCAAGACACCGCUACGGAAAUGGAGACCGUCAAUACCACCGAGCGGCUCUCGCAGCUGCGGGGCUUCAUGAAGGACCACAAGCUCGACAUCUACAUUGUACCCUCCGAAGACUCCCACCAGUCGGAAUACAUUGCACCGUGUGAUGCGCGCAGAGAAUACAUCAGCGGUUUCUCUGGGUCUGCCGGAACCGCCGUGGUGACCUUGGAGAAGGCAUCGCUUGCAACCGAUGGCCGAUACUUCAACCAAGCCGAGAAACAAUUAGACACCAACUGGGAGCUGCUAAAGCAGGGACUGCAGGACGUGCCGACCUGGCAGGAAUGGACUGCAGAACAGUCUGAAGGCGGCAAAACUGUGGGCGUGGAUCCCAGCGUCAUCACUGGAUCCGAUGCUCGCAAACUGUUAGAGAAAAUAAAAAAGAAGGGCGGUGCAGAACUAAAGCCAGUGAAAGAGAAUCUGGUCGAUCUGGUAUGGGGUAAGGCCAAGCCGUCCCGGCCAAUGGAGCCGGUCAAGAUCCAGCCAUUCGAGUACUCAGGAAAGAAGUUUGAGGACAAAUUUGAAGAGCUCCGCAAAGAGCUUGAGAAGCGCAAGAGCCUAGGCUUCGUUGUCUCUAUGCUCGAUGAGAUUGCAUGGCUGUACAAUCUGCGGGGCAACGAUAUACCCUACAACCCCGUCUUCUUCUCCUACGCCGUCAUUACCCCGACGGCUGCUACUCUCUACGUAGACGACAGCAAAUUAUCACCAGAAGUUAAGUCGCAUCUUGGCGACGCCGUCACUAUCAGACCCUACGACUCCGUAUUUGGUGAUAUUGAAGCCCUGAGCACCGAGUUGACCCAAACGAAAGGCGUAGAAACCACACCAAAGAAGUUCCUAGUCUCAACGAGAGCGUCAUGGGCGCUGAACCAGAGUCUAGGUGGCGCCGACAAGGUUGAUGAAGUUCGAAGCCCCAUUGGCGAUGCUAAAGCUGUGAAGAAUGAAGUCGAACUGGAGGGAAUGAGGGCCUGUCAUGUUCGAGACGGCGCAGCACUGAUUGAGUACUUCGCCUGGUUGGAAGAUCAACUAAUCACCAAGAGCGCGAAACUCGAUGAAGUUGAUGGUGCCGACAAACUUGAGGCCAUCAGAUCGAAACACGAUCGCUUUGUUGGCCUUUCAUUCGACACCAUCUCAUCCACCGGACCCAACGCUGCCGUGAUUCAUUACAAGCCAAUGAAGGGAAAUUGCUCAGUCAUCGACCCCAAGGAAGUCUAUCUUUGCGAUUCCGGUGCUCAGUAUCAAGAUGGUACAACGGACACGACACGAACGCUUCACUUCGGAGAGCCUACCGAAAUCGAACGGACGGCCUAUACCCUUGUCUUGAAGGGCAACAUCGCUCUGGAGCGGGUCAGAUUUCCAAAGGGUACAACUGGCUUCGCACUGGACACCAUGGCUCGUCAAUUCCUUUGGGCAGAGGGCCUGGACUACAGGCACGGAACUGGCCAUGGAGUUGGAUCAUUCUUAGUACUUAACGUGCAUGAGGGCCCCAUCGGCAUCGGUACCCGACUCCAGUUCUCAGAAGUCCCACUCUCUAUUGGCAAUGUCAUCUCCGAUGAGCCCGGAUAUUAUGAGGAUGGAAAAUUCGGAAUCCGAAUUGAAAACAUGAUCAUGGUGAAAGAGGUCGAGACCAAAUUCAAGUUCGGAGACAAGCCUUAUCUUGGCUUUGAGCACGUAACACUGGUGCCACACUGCAGAAAGCUCAUUGAUACGUCGCUCUUGACAGCCGAAGAGAAGGCGUUCCUCAACGAGUACCACACGGAAGUUUUCGAGAAGACGAAGGAAUUCUUCAAGGGCGAUAGCCUUACUUUAGACUGGCUGAAGAGGGAGACACAGCCAUACUGAUCUCUUCUUACAUUCUGCUAUUGGCAUGCCUUCGGCUACACGGAAUUGGUUGCAUUGCUGGAUGGUUGGUCACAUG